AUCUUAGAGGAAGUUUCAUCACCAUAUCGACCUUUCUGUUUUUUCCUAGUAGGAUGGGCCUGCAAAUGUCCGCAAGCUGGACAGAAGCAAAUUGUUCCGGUUGACAUGGACCUCCAAAACUGGCUAUGAGGUCCACUCAAGUCUCUGCCUCCAAAGCCGUCAUACUGUGGCCAGUCUGACGUCCUGUGGGCUGAGGUUGAUUUUUGAUGGCGUGAGCAGGGGGUUAAAGGUCAAACAUGAGCUAGAUUCGCAUGAGAGUUUGCUGUCAUCCGAAGAGACACCGUGACUCACCCUGCAGCUGAAGUAGGACAAACCGCUUGCCAAGGAACUGAAAAUAGAAGAAAAACAUGAAGUGCGCAGACUGUUCUGAAACAGGAGUAUAUAUCUAUUAUCUUUCUGAGACUAUUUCAUAUUUACUUCCGUCAUCACUGUAAUCAUUUUGCUGGACCGCAAACUAAAGCAUUGUUGUUACCCAGAAGGCUUUGGUAGCGUAUACAAACAGUAAAAGUGAUACAUUUAUGGCCACUAAAGCAACAGUAAGAUAGUUUUUGUGUUGGAUUCAUUCCAAAAGUUCAGACUAAAAUGGAUACGUAUGAAAACCAAGGCCAUUUUUCCCAUAGGAAAUAAUGUAAGUCUAAUUAAUCCAUUCUGGAUAACCACAAAUAUCCAAAAAAUGCAUUUUGUAAAGAAUAAUUCUAUAUAUACAUGCAGAAAAUGAUGCAAAAUAUUUAUUUGUAUAAUAGUUAUUUAGCAGACGCAUUCAAACUGCACGGAUUGCAAACCUUACGUGCCAUAUUGAAAACUGAGGAAAAGUUUUCAAGGAAAACUGAAUCAUGAAAUCCAAGGCAUACUGUAGAUACAUAGAAUUGCUGCGUCACUUUUUUUGUAUGGGGAGUGCUCUGCUCUCAACUGGCAAUGGCAGCACCAAUGCUAAUGCUAACACAACACAGGGCGUGUCUAGGCUGGGCCACAGUUGUACAUUUAUAGGAUUAUGUUUCAUAUGUUGAUUAUGUUGCUGUAAAGCAGGGCUCUCAAACUCGCAAGCAUAUUUUGUGGGCCCCUAUUUGACAUCAAAGUUUAGUGUGGCUUGUGAUCCUGAGUCUCACAAGGGAUGCUUACGUAAUGGAGACUGCUCUUCUACUAGGCAAGGCAGAGCCAACAUUGAUACUUAUAUAUAUAUAUUUUUUAUUUUUAUACUUUAUUUUGUGGAAUACUUGAUGGGGCCCAGACGUUUGCUACCCCUGUUGUUCAAGUGUCAAAUGUAGUCCAGUGAUGAAAAUAUUUCCUCUGCGUUAUUUACGACCACAGUACACUUCCUACGCCCUUAUAAGGCAGCGUGAAUGUCUCCAUGUGUCUUGUGUCCACUUAUAAACACCUCAGCUUCCUCUUUAGUGUAACUCCAAGGUGGACGUCCAUCAGCUGGGCAUCUUCAUGCGUGACUGACCAGGACCAGGUUUAAGAAGAUGUGUGUGUCGAGGUGUCUCCGCUGUGUUGGCGUGUCUCUGGUUCCCUUGGCGACCGUCUGCAUGCUGGCCAACAUCCUGCUGCUGCUCCCUGAGAUGAAGCUCCGUUUCCUGCUGGAGGGUCACGUGACCAGAGAGGCCACCUGGGCCACGGGAUUGUGGAGCUCUGGAGUCUUGGUUCUGCUGGGCGCUCGAGCGUUUGUGCAAAGCAGCCAAACACGAGGCUGCUGCGCCUUCAGGGGUCAGAUGUUGCGUCAGACGUUGUACUCGUGUGUGUGUCUGUUGGCGGCUGCCGUGUGCUGCCUGGUCAGCGCCACUGGACUUGUUCAAGGGCCUCUUUGUCUCUACAAUAGCACAUCUGGACCAGCCUGGGGGGUCCCGCUUAAACCCACUGCAGACCGGGAUGCUGGCUAUCUGUAUAACAGGACUCAGUGGUCAGGAGUGUGUUUGGAGCCCAGAGGUGUGGUAUUAUGGAAUGUAGUUCUCUUCAGUGUGCUGGGGGCUGCCAGUGCGCUGCAGAUGGUCCUAUGCGGCGCCAACGUCUUCAAUGCUUUGCUGGGACUCAUCCUGGGACGUAGUGGAUGCAACAACAAGGUGGUCCCAGUUUCAACGUGACCCUGGAAUUAUGAGGACAGCAGCUGUGAUAUACUUAAACCAUCACCUCACACAAGCAGACCUCUUGUGGUCCUCAUGGUGGAUGUUGUUCAAUGACGGGAACCACUGACUGAUAAUGUCUCCAAGCUGAGGUCCCAACAUGGCCGCCCUAACCCAGACAGAGCACUACCAGAACUCACCCGGCCCCUGUAGAGCUCAUCCAGCCCACAGUCGAUCCACUUCUCCACAUCCAGCCUCCUCUGCAGCUCCUUGCGGUUGUACUUGACUGUGACCCUGGCCUGGCGUCUCUGCAGGCUGUGACCCGGCUCCCGUCCAACGCUGCCCCCGCCGGCCCGGUUUGGGGACUGGUUGCACACCUUGUUGACCCGCCGUCCCACCCGGUUGGCUGCCAUCUGGAUGGUGCACGCCACACGACUCAAAACACACAAAGUCUUCUUUAAAAUGUUUUCUUUUGUUUCUCUCCCAAAAAUCUAAGUCAAAAUAAAUAGUUGCAAUA